GACAAAAUACCACACACUCACUCACACACUAGGAUUCCUACAGAGAGAGAGAGAGAGAGAAAGAAAGAGAGCAUUUUGUAAUUUUCUCUUUUAUCCAAAAAAUUGAGCAGCUCCGGCGUUUCAGUUUUUAAUUUAACCAAAAGGGGGGAGAGAGCUUCCCCACUUUCAUCUUUUGUCUCCACUCAUUAUCAGUCUUCAGUCUUCACCUUCAAAACACACACACACACACUGUCACACACUAAAAACUCAUCAAAAUUUUAAAUCCAACCGACCAACCACUUCAGAUCUCCAUAAACAUUGCUACUACUUUGUUCCUUUUCCCACUUGUGUGACGUAGCCUUCUUCUUCUUGAAAUAAAAAAGUCCAAGUCAAUUUAAAUUCUUGAAAAAUGCUGAUGAUGCCCUUUGGUGAUUUCAUCUCAGAAUGUUCUCUGGUCAGUUCCUGAUUUGAAAUAAUAUCUUACUUUUUCGCUGAUUUUCAUCCAUCUUCAUUUUUCUUGUUGGCAUUUGGCUCUGGGUUUUGAAUUUGAGCAUUAUAUGUGUAGGUAAUGGUAAUGGUGUUGUAUGGUCCUGUUCUUGGAAUUGAAUUAUCUGGGUGAAAGUUGAACUUUUUCUUGAUCAAUUUCUGCUUUUUUGUGAUGGGUUUUUCUGGGUUUGCUGUUCUUCUCAAUCUUCAAUUGCAACUCCUCAGUGUAUGUAGAUGGAUAUGUUAAAAAGUGUCUAACUUUUGCAUUUGAAUCUAGGUUUUCUUGACCGUCUGGAUAUGUUCUGGAGCUAUCUUUAAUGCUUAUAAAUAAAAAAGUGAUAUUCUUUUAGCCUCUACUUAACGCACAUUUGCUGUUACUGUUGUGGUUUGACUUCAAUGGAUGUUGAUUAUUGAACUGGGCGAUCAAUUUUGGCCAAACUCUUGUGUGCUUGCUUGAAUGAGUCUGCCAAGACUAGAUAAUGCACAGAUGUGGAUCCCCUUUCAAAUUAGCUGAGGCAUUUAGUGCCUUUUGAGUGCUUUUCCUGCUUUAAAUGUGAAAGAUGGAAGUAGAGAAGAGAAGUUCAAAGGGAGGGUUUCUUCAGUUAUUUGAUUGGAAUGUGAAAUCUCGAAAGAAGCUCUUCUCUAACAAGUCGGAAUCAUCUGAAAAUACUAAGCAAGGUAGGGAAAUUCUCAAUGAUUCAACUGUUUCGCGACUUCAGAAGGUGCAUGAAAAUGGUUAUGGUCCGUGUACUAGAGGGACAAAUGAUUUGAAUUACACUUCAUCUGUGAAUGGAGACGAUGGAAGCACAAAGGCUCCUAGUGUUGUUGCUCGCCUUAUGGGAUUGGACUCUCUUCCAACUACAAAUGCUUCUGAAUCCUGUUACACCCCAUUGUUUGAAUCCCCAUCUUUUAGAGACUCUCAUUACUCGAGGGUUAUUCCUGAUAUCAGGGGCGACGAGCAUAUUGUAAUCUAUGAGAGCAUGCGGAAUAAAUUGGACGGGUCCACCAAAAAUCCUGUUGAAGUGAUGUUGCAUAAAGUUCAGAGUCGACCAAUUGAGAGGUUUCAAACUGAAGUCCUGCCACCAAAAUCUGCUAAGCCCAUCUCAAUUACCCACCACAAGCUUCUUUCUCCCAUAAAGAGUCCAGGGUUCAUUCCAAGUAUGAAUGCUGCUUAUUUGGUGGAGGCAGCCGCUAAAAUUAUUGAACAAAGUCCCCGGUCAACCACUACUCACAAGCUUCCAACUCUGGGUUCAUCUUCAGUGCCACUGAGAAUUCAGGAUCUUAAAGAAAAAAUGGAGGCUGCACAGAGAUCUGCAAGGAUUCUUGAAGCUUCUCAGAAUGGCAAAGAGCAAAUUUCUUCCAGACAAAUGAAAAGACAGCCUAGGGAUAAAGUUCUUGGUCGAGGAGAAGCUCCAGAUACGGUUAGGGUAUUAGAGGCACCUAAAAGUUCUGGUCCAAGAAAUUUGAAGAAUAAAGAUAAAUCAGUUUCAAUGGCUGCUCAAGCUAAAGCUAAUCCUCAGAAGAAAGAGAAGUAUAAUUCUGGUGGUAACCGGAAUUUUGUAAACCAAAAGGAGCAAAGUGACAAGAAAUAUAGCUCUGCAGCUAGAAACCAAUCUAAAUCCCAAAAGUCUGCUGAGGGGAGAACUUCAGUGAACAGGCCAUCUGACGUAUUGAGGCCAAACAGCCAGAAGCAGAACUCGGGUUCAAAUGAUGACAGAGAAAGUUUAAGAUCUUCCUUUUCCCAUCAAAAAGACCGGAAAUCAGUGUCUACAAAUGACGUUCCCAGAUCAAGUAAGACUGUGAGCCGGGUUGAUGUAAAUACUGCUGCAGGCUCAAGGAAAACCUCUGUUAAUCUUGUCGGUAAGGAACAACCUAUGUCAAUGAUGAGAAAAUCUGCUGGAAAAAGGCCACUAGUUAAUGGAAAUAAUGAUAGAAAUACGGCUAUCAACAAAGGUGUAAAGUCUGUAAAAUGCAACUUUGAAACAGAAAAGUAUAGUAGUAGAUGGGAUGCAGCUGAGAGGAAAAGUGGGAUGGAUGUAGUAUCUUUUACAUUUACUUCUCCAAUUAAGAAGUCUCUCUCUGCAAGCAGUUCACCAGGACAUGGCGUGGAAAAGAAGCGGAGCCCCUUUACUAUUUCCAGUUUCAGCGAAAGUCAGUCUUCUUUGGGUCUAAGUGUGACUAGUAGUGAUGCUUUAGGUAUGCUUUUGGAGCAAAAGUUGAAGGAGUUGACAUCCAAGAUUGAGUCACCCCAUCAACAACUUGAUCAUUCUUCAGUUUUUCCAAGUUCUGCUGACUCUUGUAGUGAUUCAUCUUCCGCUCUCAACAUAGCACGUACCAAGUCUGGAGAACAUGACGUGAAAUUCCAAUCUCAUACCCCCAAGGACAAACCCCAUGUCUCAGCAACAAGAAUGUGGCAGGGAGUAGAGGGCACAGAAGAGAAUGGUAGUAUUGGUUCCAUUGAAUAUGACAGAGGGCAUAGACUUCAAACUGCUCGUCCAGUCCCUAGUCUGGAACAUGCUUACUCUGAGGCUAGCUGCAGCUCCCUUGAUAGCAGCAGAAGUGUUACCAAUGAGGCAAGCAAGAUGUUUUCAUCAUUUGAAGCCUAUGAAAUCACUCAAUGGAGUUCCACCAAAAAGAGCCAACCAACUGAAGACGUGGAAUUGUCAGAUUGUGCCUCUUCAGCAUCCCUCGGGACAACAAGCGUAACCGAGACAAGUUUGUCAUGUAGUUCUAUGUUUCCGUACGAAUCGCCCAAUUGGGAGUUUGAGUAUGUCAGGCAUGUACUUGUGAACACAGACUUGAUGCUUCAGGAGUUCGCCCUUGGCGAGGCACACAAGAUUCUUCCCCCCGAUCUCUUUGUUCAUUUUGGGGAUGAAAAGCUAGGAUCUAAUAGAAAUUCAGAAGAGAACUUCAAGGUAGUGCGAAAAUUACUGUUCGACUAUGUUGAGGAGUCUCUAGAACAAAAAUGCGCACGACUUCUCAGUGGAAGUUGGAAGUCUUGGGCUAAGUUGACAAACUCAUUCCAAAGGAAAGACUGGUUGGCAGAAGGGUUGUGCAGAGAGAUAUCUGGGUGGACAAGCAUGGAAGACUUCAUGGUAGAUGAGCUUGUAGACAAGGAUAUGAGCAGCCAUUUAGGGAAAUGGGUCGAUUUCGAAACUGAAGCAUUUGAAGAGGGAGUAGAUAUUGAGAAAGGAAUCUUGAGUUGUUUAGUAGAUGAAUUAGUUGAUGACUUCUUGUUGGCUUAAAAAAAAAAUUAAAAAAAAAAAACCAGUGAAAACAUGGGGGAUAACAAGUUAAACUAUAAGUUUUAGGUUAAUGAUUAAUCUUGUGAUUAUAUAUUCAUUACAAAGUCUAAUAUUGUUGCUAAUCAGAAAGAGGGGUUGGAAUCCUUUAUUCAAAAAUGCUUCUCAUUUCCAACUUCUCUUUUUACCUAUAAAUGCCGGAAAAUCAGCUUUAGCUGAUUAUUGAGUUCAUGUAAAGCUUUAGCUAGCCACAACAAUCUAUUUAAUGCCCUGUGAAUGGAUACAUUUUGUUGCAAAACGUAAGUGGUUAUAGCUCGGCGGUGGCACCGACAGCUGAUCAAAACUGAUUGGGAUUGGUAGUUCACAAAUAGCUUCAGUAGUUCUGUUCAUCAAUUUGACAUUUCAGAUGUUAAAAAGUUUGAAUCUCACUGUCUGUAUAUUCAUCAAUUUCUCUUCUUUCUGACUA